AUGUCUGAGCUGCCGGCGAAGCAAGAUCCGCUGCAAUCGCGCAGCGGGCGAAACUCGCUGCGAGAAAUCAAACGCAAGGGUCUGGAGAAGGCGAUCCAUCAGAUCGAACAGGCCAUCAAAAGACCCAGGAUUGACUCCGGCGACGGCGAUGCGCAAAGAGCCAUCUCCGGUCUACAGGACCUCCUCAUCCAAGUCCAGGCUCAAUUAAUGCAGAGUGAUCAAGACGCUUUCUCCGAGGGUCCGGGGCCGGGUCAUGAUCCUGAUUCCGACCCGCCUUCGCUGCGCGAUACCAAGGUCGAUGAGAGUCUCACAUUGGAUGAUGCAGAAAAUCCGCUGCAGCUGCUAGCGCGAGCUUCGGAUCUGCAGCUUUCGCCGACGGGAGUGCGCCGGGCACCUAGGCCUUCGCUGCCAUUGCCGGGCGCUCCGUUGGCCGUGUCGCAGGAGAAUGCCAUCCCUCAAGAGCCAAGUGCGAAGUCAUUUUUCGUGCCGGCUAGGGCGAAUCUGGAUGUUGGGUCUGAGGUUGAUCCCGUGGAUUUGGGCUUGGUUACAUUUGAUGAGUCGGAAUCUUUGUUCUCGUUCUUUUAUCAAAACCUCGCUCACACGAGGUGGGGCCUCGAUCCAUUGAUACAUACGCCAUCAUUUGUGCGUUCUCAAUCCGCGUUUCUGUUUACAUCGAUCAUGGCUGGUGCGGCUCUAUUCCUGCCAUCCGCAGCUGCUUUAUCUAAGAGAUUAUCUCGACAUUGCAAGUCGCUUGCGCAGAGGGUAAUUACACACCGCCAUAGGUCUGUCGAGAUUGUUCUGGCUUUCAUGGUUAAUGUUCCGUGGAUGUCCCCUGGUGAUAGUCUCGGAGAUGACGAUACCUGUUCCUAUAUUGCCAUGGCUUUGACUGUUGCUUUGGAUUUAUCAUUGAACAAGAUUGUCUCGCCAUCUGCGAGCUUUGAUCAGGAACUUCUCGAUCGUUUAGCUCGGGCGGAUUGUAUCGAUCCAAAGAGGGCUUUGCACAUGGACGGAUUUGAUGAUGUUGAUCCAUCCUCUGAGUGGGGUCUGCGUCUGCUACGGCGACGUGAAAGAGCUUGGAUUGCGUUGUUUGUUGUUGAGAGGGGGGUUUGUCUUGCUCGUGGACGAAGCUACACGGUUCCUCUGACUACGCUUAUUGAAAAUUGCGACCGCUGGCAUCUGUCCAAUAUCGCAGAUUUGCGUGAUGGUCCUAUGAACUCGAUGGCAGUUCUUCGCAGAGAUUUGGACGGACUAUUAAGGAAGGUCAAAUCAAGCUGUGAUAGUUAUCGAAUCGUUGAUACCGGCUCAGAAGUCGCUCAAUCGAUUAAGAAAACCAUCCAGACCUUCUACGAACGAUGGUACGCAACAUGGGCCUUAGCAAUCGGCGAAGGUGACACACGCUCUCUUCCCCCCUACGUCGAGAUUCUGGUGACGCAUACCCAACUCUCAACCUACGGCGGCGUAAUCAACCACCCAACAGCCCCCCUCGAAGUGAAACGCUUCUUCCGCGCUGCGGGCCUCUCAUCCGCCCUAAACGUCCUCCGAGCCGCCAUCCAAGGCGAAUCCCGCCUAAAGUCAAUGCCCAACAACACAGUCAUUAUGAUAUCCUUCGCAGCCUGCUCAGCACUGAGUCUAAGCGUAACGCCUGGCGACGGCAGAUCAAGUCUCGCACCCAGCGUGCGAAACCUAAUCGAAGAAACAGCCGGCGUUCUAGAAAGAGUCGGUGCAACACCUAGCCAUCGGAAUGGUUCGUCGGUGCUCUAUGGCCGCUUUCUGCGCGAGUUGAUCCGGAGAGCUCCUGCCUUCCCUCUCCCGCUAUCCCAUCCACAAUCCCAAUUCCAAUCCAAUUCUCAACGCGUCAAUCCAUCUGGCAUGGAUUUACCUGAACCAACUCUGCCCCAUACAUCUUCAUGUCUCGAUACCAACGGCCUCCCAAUCCAAGUCACCCAACCCCCAACAUCCCUUCCACCGGAGGAUCUAUGGUUCGAGCCAAUGCACUUUUCAGCUAUGUCGGAUAACCAGAUUGUCGAUGCGGUUAAUCGGGCUGGGACGGCGUUCGGGGCGUCUAUUCCUGAUGUUCCACUUGAUGAUAUGCUAAGCUGGGAUUGGCUCGAUUUUGCCAGUGCAGAUUUGGGUCUUUGA